GGCUUUCGUUGCCAGGUAACGUUGUAACUUAAGUUCAAUCUAGUCCCCCAUAGUUUAAUGUAACAAAUAAGAAGAUGGCUGAUCGACUGCGGGAGUACAGGAGAUUGAAAGUUCAAGAAGAAUACCUGGAAAAAAAUAUCUCCGGAGCGAUAAGAGGGAUGAAAAUAGAUGGCGAUAUCAUCAGAGAAAUUUGUGAAUAUAAUCUCUCCGCUUUAUCGAAAAGGCAACCAGACGUACAAGAGGUGAGAAGAACCGCUCUUGCCAUCCUGAAAGAAUUAAAAUUCUUCAAGACGAUACUUUUUCAGACGGAUUACUCAGGAAUUAAGAACUUGGACACAGCGGAUUUUAAAUCUCGUCUUACCCAGUUAUCCAAAGACAUAGAGGAUUUUCGCAAUAACGGAAUUAUCGCCAAAUUGAAGCAAAAAGAGGAAUCGUUGGACUCUGAACUAAAGGAAUUCGAGAGAAAAGCUUUCGCGGAGCAUGGAAUUGUCGCUAAAAAGUUUAACGGGUCAUCCCGCGGUAAUGCGAAGACUUUUUUACCCCGUUCAGAGUCCCACGACGAGUUCAACGAACUCGUAUCCCGGACUGGUCACACCCAAGGAUGGGCGAAUGACGAUCAUGUCCUCUUUUUGAAAUUGAGAAAACGUUGCGUAACGGUUCCAAAGCUUGUCAUAGAAUUGAGAAAGAAACGGGAGCACCUCACAAAAGAGGAUAUCGUGAACCACGAGGCUUGGUGGAAAGUGUACAGUGAAUUGGGUGCGAAAAGAAAAAGGGAUAUCGCGGAAUGGAAAAUUAAAAAAGCCGAAAAAUCGGCAAGAAAUGUUGAAGACAACAUCCCCACGGUAAUUCACAAUGAGAGGGAUAAAAAACAGUCGAAAGAAGCUGUGUUAGAGAAGAAAAGGAUGAUCGAAGAUUGGAAGGCUGAAAAAGCUAGAAAAAUUGCCAUGGAUGACGAGCAGAAUAAGCGACUGGAAGAGCUUAAGAGGCAAGAAGAAAAAAAAAGGACGAGAAUUAUCAAACAACGACUUGAGGAGAAACAGAAACGAAGGGGCGAGGAAAGUGUUUCUACGACGAAUCCGAAGUCACAGUUGCUUUGCAGUAGUAACCCUUCGAAGCAACUUCAGCGUGCAGAUUCCAUCAGAUUGAUAAAAUCCUUUAGGGAGCAGGAUCAGAGAUUUAUAAUGAAGCGAAGGGUCCAGACGACUCCAUCUAUUGUUUCUGAGAUAAAGAGAUCGGCUGAUAAUCGUCCAAAACAAUUACGUAGUGGUUCGAGUACCUUAUUAUCACCUACCAAAGUCUGGGAACAAAAAUCACUUAGAAAAACUGAAGAACUUUCUCAAGGUAUCAAAAAUUCUUUCACCAGUGUCAACUACGUGAAGGAUAUUCCAAAAUUAGGAGCAUCGCCCAGUUUCGAAUCAAACCGAAGUCGCAGUACGAUACGAUUCCAAGAUCUAAAUAUAAAAAACAUUCUAAUUUAAAUUAAUUUCUUUUUUUUUUUGAAUCAAUUGAGUUCUGUAACAUUACUCAUGUUUUGUUUUUAUAUUCUUUUGUCUUUUUAAUUAUAAUUAUAUACCAAAUACAAAAACAUAGGUGCUAUGGAUGAUAAUCAUAAUAAUAAUAAUACAUAAUAAUAGAUACUAAUAAUGAUAAUGAUAAUAAUAAUUGUAAUAAUUAUAUAUUGUUAUAAUACAAGAGCUUUAAUCUAUGUAUAGUACCUACAUUUAUGUCGAUAUCGUGUUAAUUAUGAACGCGAUUAUAUGUAUACAUAUAACUAUGAAAUACGAUGUCGAUGUAAUUCUUUUUUUUCUGACCAUAUGAGUAUAUAUUAUAUGUAUAUACACAUUGUAUACCCUUCGUUCAUUUACAAUGUAACGCGAAUUAUACAGCUUAUUUUAAAUUAUUACUAUAUCAUAUGGGAUUUUUUCUUCAUGUAUACAUAACUAUGUAUAUACAGGGCGAUUCUGUUGAAAGUGGUUGCGAUCAACGUAUGCUUCGAAAUAUUCGUAUUCCUCGUUCUACGAGCG